CCCCUGCGCGCUGGUUGGUCCUCGCCGGAAUGAUGAAACUUCCCGCACGCAUUACAGGAGCCAGGCGGCUGUAAACCGAGAAGAGGCCGACGGUCCCCCCAGCACUUCACAACCUUGGUCUCCUUCCCUCUGCCCGUCGGACCCAUUCACUACUAGAAAGUUUAUAGCUUCAUUGCACCAUGUGUGGCAUUUGGGCCCUCUUUGGCAGUGAUGACUGCCUUUCUGUUCAGUGUCUGAGUGCUAUGAAGAUUGCGCACAGGGGUCCAGAUGCAUUUCGUUUUGAGAACGUCAAUGGAUAUACCAACUGCUGCUUUGGAUUUCACCGGUUGGCGGUGGUUGAUCCACUGUUUGGAAUGCAGCCAAUUCGACUGAAGAAAUACCCUUAUUUGUGGCUCUGUUACAAUGGUGAAAUCUACAACCACAAGGCGUUGCAACAGCAUUUUGAAUUCGAAUACCAGACAAAAGUGGAUGGUGAGAUAAUUCUUCAUCUGUAUGACAAAGGAGGAAUUGAGCAAACUAUUUGUCUGUUGGAUGGGGUGUUUGCUUUUAUUUUACUGGACACUGCCAAUAAGAAAGUGUUCCUGGGCAGAGAUACCUAUGGAGUCAGACCUUUGUUUAAAGCCAUGACAGAAGAUGGAUUUCUGGCUGUGUGUUCAGAAGCUAAAGGUCUUGUUACAUUGAAACACUCCACAGCUCCUUUUUUAAAAGUGGAGCCUUUUCUUCCGGGACAUUAUGAAGUUUUGGAUUUAAAACCAAAUGGCAAAGUCGCAUCUGUGGAAAUGGUUAAAUAUCAUCACUGCAGGGAUGAGCCUCUGCAUGUCCUCUAUGACAGUGUGGAGAAACUCUUCCCAGGUUUUGAGAUAGAAACCGUGAAGACCAACCUCCGCAUCCUUUUUGACAAUGCUGUUAAGAAGCGUUUGAUGACAGACAGACGUAUUGGUUGCCUUUUAUCAGGAGGCUUGGACUCCAGCCUGGUUGCUGCCACUCUGCUGAAGCAACUAAAAGAGGCCCAAGUACAGUAUGCUCUCCAGACAUUUGCAAUUGGCAUGGAGGACAGCCCCGAUUUACUGGCUGCUAGAAAGGUGGCAAAUCAUAUUGGAAGUGAACAUCAUGAAGUCCUUUUUAACUCUGAGGAGGGUAUUCAGGCCCUGGAUGAAGUUAUAUUUUCCUUGGAAACUUAUGACAUUACAACAGUUCGAGCAUCAGUAGGCAUGUAUUUAAUUUCCAAGUAUAUUCGGAAGAACACAGACAGCGUGGUGAUCUUUUCUGGAGAGGGAUCUGAUGAACUUACGCAGGGUUACAUUUAUUUCCACAAGGCACCUUCUCCUGAAAAGGCUGAGGAAGAGAGUGAGAGGCUUCUGAAGGAACUCUAUUUGUUUGAUGUUCUCCGUGCAGACAGGACUACUGCUGCCCACGGCCUUGAACUGAGAGUUCCAUUUCUGGAUCAUCGCUUUUCUUCCUAUUACUUGUCUCUGCCACCAGAAAUGAGAAUUCCAAAAAAUGGGAUAGAGAAACAUCUCCUGAGAGAGGCAUUUGAAGAUUCCAACUUGAUUCCUAAGGAGAUUCUCUGGCGACCCAAAGAGGCCUUCAGUGAUGGGAUAACCUCAGUUAAGAAUUCCUGGUUUCAGAUUUUACAGGAAUAUGUCGAACAUCAGGUUGACGAUGCAAUGAUGGCAGCUGCAGCCCAAAAAUUCCCCUUCAAUACUCCUCAAACUAAAGAAGGCUAUUAUUACCGUCAAAUCUUUGAACAACACUAUCCAGGCCGGGCUGACUGGCUGACCCAUUACUGGAUGCCCAAGUGGAUCAAUGCCACUGACCCUUCCGCUCGCACUCUGAGCCAUUACAAGUCAGCUGCCAAAGCAUAGGCACUCUCCAAGCUGUGAAGUGAAAGUAGAUGUUUCUUCUUGGGGUGUAGAGGCACUGGGGACAGUCAGGGGAGCAGUGAAAGUCAACCACUUAGGCCGACUUGGGCAUGAAAAAAAUAAAAGUCAUACCUAAAACUUUGUUCUACUCAUUUGUAUUCCUACAGUUCUGUCAUUAGAGGUAACUAGAAAUGGAAUAGCUGUGCCAUAUCACAGUAAGGAGGAUACAGUGAGCUAGGCCAAGAGGGAAUGGUCUGAUAUCUACAAGAACUGUUUGGAAGAUGUCUGGGCCUCAUGCACAUGUGGUCUCCCAGUCCUUGUCUCAUCCUAGUGUGGUCCUCUUGUGACUGCCCUCUUAGUUCUGCCCACAUUCCUUACAGCUGGCUGCAGAUGUGAAUCCUUUAUAGGAGUUUGGGACCAUUCUAUUGUGUAAUAUAGUGAUUCAGUUUUUUCUUUUGUAGGUUGAGCCAUUGACCCUCCUGGAGACUAUUUUUCCAGAACUGAGGUCAAACUUGUAAAUGAAGUGAUCUUUGGUGCGAUUGUUCAGCUCUACUGUUGUACCAAAGUGGUUACAUGGACAAUACGUAAACUAAUGGGCAUGGCUGCAUUCUAUUAAAACUUUAUAAACAGACCUCGGUCCCUGUUCCAGAGCAAUAACCCAAGCUGUGCAUUUCCAAUAAAAGGAACAAAAGUAGGUUUCUCCUAGUUGGAGAAAUAGGAAAUUCAGAAACAUUUAAUGAAAGGUAGAUUUUUUGUUUGAGUGCUCACUGGUUUUUUCAAGACAGCAUAUUGAAAUACAUAAGAAAGGUGAGUUUAGCUAUUAAAGACUUUUGAAAAGGGAAGCGUUGGUACACAGGUAAAUAUAAGAAUGAUUGAUGGGAAAAAUGGGUAAGCCAGAAAUUUAGUAAGUUGGAAGAUGAGGAAUUGAUGUUAGCUGUAGGCCUUCAUCUAUAAUUUAGAAAUGUUUCCAAGAAUCUAAAGAAUGUCACUAAUAUUGGAUGACUUUUAAUGAUUGUCUUGUAUGUGUAGGUGCAUAAAUUGUUUAAAUACAGCA